CCCACUUCCAUCACAUGUUCUGGCGUUUAGGCAGGCGCGUCAGCCUUGAACACCUGUCGCGUCACAACGUCGGGUUCAUCACUGCCUUUGUCUUUUGCACGAAGUUUCAGGAACUGGUCUUGCGUGCAACUUCUCAACAAUAAGUUGAAGACUUGAAUUUUCGAUAUUUUGACAAUGGCGUGGGGAGGUGAUGAGGACAGACGUCCGGAGGACGAGGGUGAGGAAGAGCUGGAUGAAGCUGAUUACAAAACGCAGAAAGACGCCGUCUUGUUUGCAAUCGAUGUCAGCGAAUCGAUGCUCGAGCAGCCUUCCACCACACACAGCAAAAAGGCAGACAAGGACUCGCCCAUUGCAGCAGCGCUGAAAUGCGCCUACCAGUUCAUGCAGCAGCGCAUCAUUGCGCAGCCAAAGGAUAUGAUGGGCAUACUUCUCUUUGGCACAGAGAAGUCAAAGUUCCGCGACGAGACUGGCGGGCGGAGCGGAACUGGAUAUCCCCACUGCUACCUCUUCACCGACCUGGACGUUCCUGCUGCCGAGGAUGUGAAGACCCUGAAGUCGUUGGUUGAGGAAGGAGAAGAUCCGGAUGAGGUGCUUGUGCCGGCGAAAGAGCCCGCCUCUAUGGCCAAUAUGCUCUUCUGCGCUAAUCAAAUCUUCACCACCAAUGCGGCAAACUUUGGCUCCAGGCGUCUGUUCAUCAUCACAGACAAUGACAACCCACACGGCAACGACAAGACGGCGAAGUCAUCGGCGGCAGUUCGCGCCAAGGAUCUUUACGACCUCGGCGUGGUCAUUGAGCUCUUCCCCAUCAGCCAGGGGGGGAAGAAGUUUGAUGUGUCGAAAUUCUACGAUGACAUCAUCUAUCGCGAUCCGGCAGCCGAGGCUGGCUCCCCGGACGAGCUCAAAACGUCAAAAGCAGGCGAUGGCCUCACACUUUUAAACUCCCUGAUAUCUAACAUCAACUCAAAGCAGACGCCGAAACGCGCGUAUUUCUCCAACCUACACUUUGAACUGGCACCUAACCUCACAAUAUCGAUCAAAGGCUACAUGCCUCUUCAUCGGCAACAGCCUGCGCGUACGUGUUACGUUUGGCUUGGAGGAGAGCAACCCCAGCUCGCCCAGUCCGAGACCAUCAAGGUGGACUCGGAAACGAGGACAGUCGACAAGUCCGAGGUGAAGAAGGCGUAUAAGUUCGGCGGCGAGUACAUCCACUUCAAGCCUGAGGAAGCGGCGUCGCUCAAGAACCUUGGGAGCAAAGGGCUUCGCUUGAUUGGGUUCAAGCCGCGUUCCAUGCUGCCAUCGUGGGCCUCGGUAAAGAAGUCCAUCUUCAUAUUUCCCAGCGAGGAGCACUAUGUGGGGUCCACCCGCGUGUUCUCUGCUCUGUGGCAGAAGCUGCUCGCCUCUGACAGGGUCGGCAUCGCGUGGUUCAUUGCCCGCGAGAACGCGAAUCCCAUCAUGGUGGCCAUGAUCCCGUCCAGAACGCCGGACGAAGAAAUGUCGGAGACGCCGUAUCUCCCAGCCGGGCUCUGGCUGUACCCUCUGCCGUUCGCGGACGACUUGAGAGACGUGGAACUAUCGGCACCACCCCGUUCUGCCGACGAACUGACGGACAAAAUGCGUGAGAUUGUGCAGAAUCUCCAGCUGCCAAGAGCCAUGUACAACCCGCUCAAGUACCCCAACCCGUCUCUACAAUGGCACUACAAGGUUUUGCAGGCCAUGGCGCUCGACGAGGACGUCCCCGAGGCCCUGGACGACGCAACGAUUCCCAAGUACAAGCAGAUCGACAAGCGAGUCGGCGGGUACCUUAGCGAGUGGAAGGAGGCGCUCGCCGAAAAGGCCAGAUCCCUCAUGAAGAGCAGGGCCAUGAAGCGGGAGGCAGAGGAUGAUGACGAGGAGGACGGGGGACGGCCGGCGGCGAAGCGUGCUAAGCCCGUCGCGAAGGCCGCAGGCGGUCCGAUGAGCAACGCCCAGCUCAAGACUGCGUUUGAGAAGGACACGCUCAAGAAGAUGACGGUUGCUCAGCUCAAGGACGUGCUGACUAGCAAGGGCGUCAGUGCGGUGGGUAAGAAGGCCGAGUUGAUUGAAAAGGUGGAGCAGUGGAUUGAGGAGAACGUGUAAUGGGGAGGUGCUUUUGGGAUGUGGGUUUCGUUCGGAGGGCCUCGGGGGCAAUGGAGUUCUAGGCGUGUUCUAUCCUGGGCCACUUUAGCAGGACGAAAUGUACCAAUGUACUCUGUACAAUUCCGUCGUGAUGUGUCUGGACAAUGAGGGCAUCAUAGUCGCAAGCUUUGCGCUUGGUCUACCACAUACGACCAUCCCUACUAGAAAACUGGGGAUCGUGUUGGAAAGCCAACAGCCACGAAUUUACCGUACCGAAAUGAUUGGGUACCGAAAUAAUUGGGCACAAGAAGAUGUGUAACCAC